UCGCUCUACCAGGUCCACUUCCAGCCACGCCCCCGCGCUCCACCGCGCGCCUCCAGAUAAAUACUGCAGCUGCUGGAGAGGAGAAGUGAGUGAAGUGCAGCAUGUUUAUAUGAGCCACCUGAUCGAGAGAAGCACCGAAGAGAGCAGCAGCAUGGCGAAGCCUCAGUUUGGUUCAUGGCUAUUAGAGCAAGUGCAGGCUGGAAGGUAUGAGGGUCUUUACAUGACUGGCACAGACACUUUCCGCAUCCCUUGGAAGCACAACUCUAGAAAAGACUGCGGCAAUGAGGACAACAGAAUAUUUAGAGAGUGGGCUGUGGUUAGUGGCAAAAUCUCUGAUUAUCCCAACGAUAAGGCCAAGUGGAAGACCAACUUCCGCUGUGCUCUCAACAGCCUCAAGCACUUUAAGAUGGUGGAGGAUCACUCCAAAGACUACCACGAUGACCCCCACAAAAUCUACCGCAUCGUUCGCCCUGAAAACAUCCACAAUGAGGAGAUGUACAAGACAGAAGACAUCCCAAUGGAGCGUGAGGAUUUGCCAUUUAACCUGGACACUCUGCAUCUCGAUUAUUCUGAUUACCAGCAAUGGGGAAACUAUUCGCAGCCUAUAGCAGAUCAAGGCAACUACUUUGCAAAUCCUGUGCCGGAAGUUAUUCUGCAACCUUGUCCGCAGAGUAACAUUCCAGCUCCAGUACCUGCUCUACUACCACCACCACAACAACACUACGCUGCAGUGCCUCCAUUUGAGAACCUGCCCUUUCCAUUCGAGCUGGAGAUCUCCAUUCACUACAGGGGAGCCGAGAAGCUGAAGGUCCAGAGCUCAGCUCAGUCUGUUCAACUCCACUACCACUGCGAUCCGUCUCAGCUGAGUGGCCAGUCCAUCCUUUUCCCCUGCACUGAAGGCCUUACGGACCAGAUACAGGUCGAGUACACCAAGCGCCUCCUGGACAGCAUCCAGAGGGGCCUGCUGCUGGAGGUGUGCCCAACAGGAAUCUAUGGCCUCCGCCAAGACAAGUGCAAUGUGUUUUUUAGCACCAGAGAUCCUGCCGAGAUUCAGAACCCAGAGCCCAAAAAGCUGCCCCAGAACUGCAAGGAACUUCUGUUUAGCUUCGAAAAGUACACCAAAGAUCUCAUGGAUUUCCAAAGCCACCAGCGUGGAUCGCCUGACUACACGAUCUAUUUGUGCUUCGGGGAGAAAUUCCCUGAUGGAAAGGCCCUGGAGAAAAAACUGAUAAUCGUAAAGGUUGUGCCUCUGAUCUGCCGUGAGCUUCACAAGAGAGCGCAGAUGGAGGGAGCAUCAUCUCUGCAUAACGACAACAUCAGCCUGCAGAUCUCCUACAGCCUGUUCGAACUCAUUGAGUCCACCUUCCUUCUACCCACAUUUGACUGAAGUUUCACUAUUUAAAACACUUCAAACAAGUUUCUCUCCAUUCUUCUUAACACUUACUCUUACACAGUCUGUCUGGACUUAAGAUUUUCAGAUAAUAAAUGUGUCUUAAAUAUAACUCUUCCCAUAGUAGAACUAGUAAACAUAGUAAAAAUGGGACGGUUGUGAGACAGGAGUCUCUACCUUUCCUGCUUCAAGUUUAACCAGUUUCGAUAUAAGUUCUCAGUAAAACAACUUGAAGUAAUUAGUUCUCCAAACUGGAAAACACCCCAAGCCCAGCUUCUGGCAGGACCAGUAUGUUGACAAUUUAAAGUUUACAUCUUGUAAUGUUCCAUUACAUUUUUUCUUUUAAAGCCAAGUCUUCCCACUCACUUCAUUAAUGAGGCAGUAACCUCAUUUUGGUAUUUAUAUCUUCUAAUGAAGAAUUCCCCUUGCUCUGCACUUGUAAGGGCUGAUCUUGUAAUACUUUCUUGUCUGUUAUUUUAAAUUAUUCUUUGUUUAGCUUGGUAUGUUGAAAACUGAAAGGUUGUAUCUGUUUUUGUAUGAACCUGAGAAUAAAUAAAUAUAUACAUAUACAAAAACACACUGUAAUAAUUUGUCUUGUUGGCUAUUUCUUAGAUAACUGUUUCUACAAAACGUUCUAUUAGAGA